GAGGCUGGAGAAAAUCUAAUAUCUCAGACACCACCAUGACCCAUUUUUCGGCAGUGGUGCUCGUCCUAGCCUCCUCACUAUUGCACUGCAUCGAGGCCCAGUGGCAAACAUGCGACGCGGGCUUCUCCUUCUCAGCUACCGGCAUGGCAAGGAACAUCACCCACUGCAGGAGGCUCCGAACUCUCGGCGCAGAGCUUGGGAUGAACUACUACAACACCACACCGAACUCGACCGUCGAUGUCGUUUUCAGCGCACGGCUCCCCACGCCUCAAGGGUGGAUCGCUUGGGGCAUCAACCCUGGACGGCACCCUCAAAUGGUCGGCACGAGGGCGCUCAUCGCCUUCAACCGGCCAUCGGGCAUGCCGAUGGUCGGAACCUACAAUGUCACCGCCGACACGAGGCGCGGGUGCAAGCUGGAGCCUUCACCAAUCGAGGUGGGGGUGGUGAACAAGGAGGCGAACUAUUCGGGGGAGACCGGCCGUCUUACGAUGGCGGCGAGGCUGACGCUCCCGCCGGAGUACAACGUGUCAAGGCUCAACCACGUAUGGCAGGUGGGGCCGCGGGUGGCGGACAUGGUGCCAUCGGCGCACGCGAGGACCCUGCAGAAUUUUGACAGCACGGAGACGAUCGAUCUCUCGAGCGGCGUCGGGCAUAGCCGGCGGCACUACAAUUUGGGACUCAGAGAGGCGCAUGGAAUACUAAGUGUAAUAGGGUGGGGUUUUCUGCUGCCGAUUGGAGUAAUAGUCAGCAGGUAUUUCAGGGGUUCUCCUAUCGAUUCAAAGAUGACUUGGUUCUACGUGCAUGUAACAAUACAGAUUGUAGCAUUCUCGAUUGGCGUCACUGCAUGGGGGAUUGGGCUCUCGCUGAUGGAACGCUCCAAGCGAUACAGAGCCUUUAUGGGCCAUCGAAUCAUCGGGAUCUUGGUCGUUUGCUUGGCUUCAUUGCAAAUGAUGGCUUUAUGGCUAAAACCAAAAAGGGCGGACAAGUAUCGGAAAUAUUGGAACAUUUAUCAUCACUUCGUUGGCUAUUCAUUGAUAGCUCUCAUAAUAGUUAACAUCUUCAAAGGCUUUGCCAUCUUAAAACCACCAUCAGGAUGGAAGUGGGCUUAUAUUGGAAUUCUUAUUAGUCUUUCAUGUGUGGCACUUGGGCUAGAAAUCUCAAUCUGGGUUAAAUUCUACUGGAACCAGAAAGCUGAACAACAAAAGGCAAGCAACCUAAGCAAGACAAGCAAGUCAUAGAUUUUCUUUUUUUAUUUAGGAAAAUGUAGGCAUCAGUAAACCAAGUUAAGAAAGGUAUCAUGUUUUAUCUUUUAUUGGUUGCUAUUUGGUAUUUUGUGUUGGGCAUGUUACAUGGGAUCAUAUGGUCCUAGGGUUAAAAGGAUUAGUAAUCAUGAUGCUAGGGUUUUUUUUUAAUGAAAAAAAGGAGGAGUGUUUGUGCUGCCCCUCCUUCCUCAAAAA